AGGCUGGGCAGGGAUCAGGCAGCAUCUAGUCUGGAGUUGUAGAAGAGACAGUUUCACCAGAUUCCACGAUGGCUUCUAAUGACCCCAGUGCUGCUUCCCCAAAGGAUGAGGAGCAGGAGAACAUAGCAAACCGGGUGGCCAACCUGCCCUUGGUCAGCUCUGCCUACGACAUGGUCUCCACGGCCUACACCUCCACCAAAGAGAGCUACCCAUAUGUCAAAUCCGUCUGUGACGUGGCAGAGAAAGGCAUGAAGACCAUGGCCGCGGCUGCAGUUAGUGGUGCCCAGCCAAUCCUGUCCAAACUCGAGCCGCAGAUUUCCACAGCAAACGAGUACGCAUGCAGGGGGCUGGACAAGCUGGAGGAGAAGCUGCCAAUCCUUCAACAGCCAACAGACAAGAUAAUCUCCAAUACCAAAGACCUGGUGACUGCCACAGUGACUGGUGCCAAAGAUGCCAUGAGCAACACCAUGACCGGGAUGGUGGACAUGACCAAAGGGGCUGUCCAGGGGAGUGUGGAGCUGACCAGAUCAGCAGUGACCAGUGGUGUGAACACUGUCAUGGGCUCAGCAGUGGGCCAGAUGGUGGUGAGCGGCAUGGGUGCUGUGCUGGGCAAGUCAGAAGAGCUGGUGGAUCACUACCUUCCUAUGACCGAUGAGGAACUAGCUAAACUGGCCACCUCUGUGGCAGGCUUUGACAUGGCGUCCGUGGAGCAGCAGAAGCAGCAGCAGAGUUACUUCGUGCGCCUGGGGUCCCUGUCCACCAAGCUCCGCCACCGAGCCUACCAGCACUCCCUGGGCAAGCUGAGGCAUGCCCGGCAGAGCACCCAGGAGGCUCUCUCCCAGCUCCACCAAACCAUAGAACUGAUGGAGCAUGCCAAGCAGGGCGUUGAUCAGAAGCUUCGUGAUGGCCAGGAGAAGCUGCACCAGAUGUGGUUGGAGUGGAGCCAGAGGCAGCCAAGUCAGAGUAAGGAGAUGGGCUCUGUGCAGCCAGAGCAGGUAGAGGAGCAGGCACUGGCCAUGUCCCGCAGCCUCACCCAGCAACUGCAGACCACCUGCCUGACUCUGGUGUCCAGCCUGCAAGGCCUCCCUGCUGACCUCCAGGACAAGGUGCAACUGGUUCGUCACCACGUCGAAGAACUACGUACUUCGUUCUCCACUGCCGGCUCCUUCCAUGACUUGACUGGCAGCGUCUUGGCCCAGAGCCGUGAACGAGUGACCAAGGCCCGCAAGCUGGUGGAUGAGCUGAUGGAUCAUGUGGUGCAUAAUGUCCCCCUUUCUUGGCUAGUGGGACCCUUUGCCCCAUCAGGCAAGCAGCAGGAGGAAAUGGAGAUGGAGUUGUGUCCUGCAGAUUGAGGACUCAAAGGGGCUCUCCUAAGCAUAGAGCUUCAUGGGGGUUUGGGUAACUCAUGCCACUUGUCACUUCCUGUCACAUAUCUAGCCUGGCUCCAUAUCUAGAUAGCAGCACUUGGUGUUUGGAUACAAGUGCCUCAGUCCUGGCAUCCAUCUUGCCUUGCUUAGGUUUGUUCUAUCCCACUAAACACUUGGGGAGGAGAAACUUAUCCUGCAGCUCACAGGUGUGGCUGUCUCCCAAACCUGCCUGUGGACUGGGUCAGAGGCUUACCAGCAAAACUGAUUCCCAAAAUGGGAUCUAAGGCCCAGCUUUCAAGCUGGGGGGCCUAGUUUGCCAUCUCUAGGCAACAGCCUGAGUCUUCAGAGCAUUUGAUUGCCCAGCACCUCAGAAGCCUAGACCACUUCUAUUUAGCAACCAGAUUCAACCCUGACCUUGUCUUCUAGACUUCAUUCAGGUGGUAGCAGUAGGCAGUCUAGCACAUGUUGCAUUCUCAAUCUGUCUUAGUGGCCUGCAAAUUCUCCAGCAGCACAGGAAAGAGCUAAAUAAGAUGGCUGCUCCCAGGCCAAGGAUUUCUGAACCAACUGGUCAUUUCCUAUGAAAUGUUAUUAACGGCAGAUCCCAAGCAAAUGUGGCUUAGUCCAGUUAAAGGUUCUACAAGCUGCUCCAGCCUUAAGCAACUGCUUUCUCUCCAAGUGCCACCACAACAAACCACUGACCCAAGUCAAGCUGACUAGUUUGGGUUCUCUCCACUCAACGAAAGUUUCCUUGGUUAAGAGAUCAGUGCUCUUAAGAGGGUGCCCAGGACUGCUGCUCUUUCUGAGCUAGAAUGGCUCACAUAGGAUUCCCUUCCUGCCUAAUACUAAGGGCCCUGACUCCUGUAGCGGGUAAGAACAUGUUGCUCACAAUAAAAGCUGUACUUGC